AUGCCGACUAUGACAACUACAGCUCCUGCCCAGGUGCAGACCAAAUCCAGCUCUGGCAAGGCAUCGGGGAAAUCGCUGGUAGGCGAUUUCAACUGGCAAGAUGUACUCGUGCCCGAAAACGCGGGAGCCGGUCUCACCAAAUGGCAUUACCAACGUCGAACCCUAAUGCAAUAUGCCUGCUUGUUCGCCGCCGGCCUCACGUCUUUCUACAAGUUCCAGUCCCCGGCUCUGCGUGCCGCUGGCCUGGGUCUUCUCUUCCCUGGGGCCGGGCUCGUCGCUGUCUGCACUGUCCCGUCGAUCCUGUCGUUCGCCGUCUCCUGUGCUCUGAUUCCGUUGGUUCUCUUCGCGUGGUUUGGAAUGGGUGGCUUGGUAUUCCCGAUCGUGCUCUGGGCGGGCACCGCCGUUCUUUCGGCAGCCCUGGCCAAAGAAUCUGUUCUGGAACUCGCCGGCCCUUUGAUGUCAGCCGUGUGCGUUGGUGGGAUCGUCUACGUUGCAUACGCGUGCCAACGGGCCAAUGCCGAGGCACGGAAGAAGCGAGCAGCCCGCAACGACUAUCUCGUCGAGGAAGUCCAGAAGAAUCAGACACAGGCGGCUGUGGCGCCCGAGCCCGGCACGCGCGAGGUCGACGAGAAGACCCUCCGCUUCGUGCAAUGGUUCUUGGAGCUCGGUCUGACGCCCAAGGACGACUUCUCCUACCACGACGUGAUCGACCAGUUCCAGACGUCGGCUAUCCGGUAUCAACUGUACGAGGCCGUCAAUUGCCUGGGACUCUAUCAGAAUGUCUACUGCCCCAAUUUCCGCGGCUAUUUGUCCCAGGCACAACGCAACGCCAUUGAAAAGAGCUUCACGAAGAAGGUGAUGGAAUUCUGGAAAUGGGAGUCCAUGGCCGGCAAGUUCAACGCCCACGACUGGGAUCCCUGCAAGAAGGACAAUAUAAUGGUGACGGGCUACAUCCUCCAAGCUGUCGGCAUCUAUCAAUCCAACACGGGCGACGACCGGUACACGAAACCCGGCAGCAUGACUUUCGAGAUCACCGAUUCCCUCAAGUUCCCCUACGACGUCAAGGGCGUCGCCGAUGCCGUCUACAGAAACAUGAACGAGGCGCCGUACUGCCUGUACCCCUGCGAGCCGAACUGGCUGUACACGCCCUGCAACCUGGUCGGCAUCGGUGGUAUUCUUCUCACCGACCGUCUCCUGGGGAACAAGUACGCCGAGGAACUACGAGGGCGGUUUGAGCAUGCCCUGGAGACCGAGUUCAGUGAGCCCGACGGGACCAUCCUGCCGAUCCGCAGCGAACUAACGGGUUUCACGAUCCCGGGUCUCGCGGGCGCCAUGUCCGACAUGGUAAACUCGCUUCUCUGCGCCUCAUACCUACCUCACAUCGCGCACCGAAACUGGGCAUUCGCCAAGAGGGAAACGCUGCAGUACAACGAAAAGGGACGCCUCGAGGUCCGCAACCUGCUGGGCGCCGACAUGCUGGACGCGGGCAACUACAAAUCCGGAGAGGGCGCGAUCCGCUGCAUCUGCGCGGCCGCCGCGGCCGAGUACGGCGACGAGACGCUCCGCCACGAACUCCUGCGCCAGAUCGAUGAGGAGUACCACCCGGUGUUCCAGACCAAGACCGGCGCGCUCAAGAACAAGGGCGUCAGCACCCUCUGGCAGGGCACCACGCUCCGGGCCCGGCUGGGUCGGUUCCAGGACUGGACCAAGAUGAUCCAGCGCGGCCCGCCCAAGCAAAUCUUCCAGGCUCCGAUCCUCGACGAGGUGUCAUUCCCGGACGUCCUGGUUGCGAAGUGUUAUAGUCACGAUGGAGCGAGUGUGGAUCUGGUUCUGUACAAUGGACGAGAACCGGGAGUGUUCAGCCUGGGGUUCACGCAGUGCGAGCCCGGCAAGAAAUACAGUCUGAUGGGCAAAGAGGCGGUUGCUGCGCAGGAUGGCACGGUCAGGUUUGAUGUCGAGAUUGACGGCCGGACCGAGGGCAAAUUGGAGCCUGUGGGAGGAAACUAA